AUGGCGUCAAUGGAUGAUCUCUUAGCGUCCUUGUCAGGCGAUUUACAUGCUGGGCCAAAAGGAAAUGAUUUGCGUGAUUUACAUGCGAAACUCACUUCGACAUUGAAUAACUCAAUUCCUCAUAUUCACCAUCGACCAAUCCCCCCACCUGCAACAUCCAUUACUUCAUCUGUAGGAGGACCAUUGCCGCCUCCUGCACCCGCAUCAUCGUGGAAUACACCACCACCAAAUACCGGAUUCCUCUUCUCCUCUUCACCACAACCUAAAUCUUUCAACAAGAUAUCGUCUUCCCCUAAUAAUUAUAAUAACAUUUCCAAGAAAGAAAAAGGAUUCGUGCCUACAACCAUUCAGGAGAGGGAUGAACGGGACCAAUCCUUCCAGAAUCAAAGUCAAAGUCAAGGUCAAGGUCAAGGGAAUGGAAAUGGUCAAGAAGACAGACCAUAUCACGCUUCUGUCUUACCCAUCAAAGCCAGUCCAAAAGAGACUCCAGGUUUCGCAGAGGAUGCAUUCAGACCUAUAUGGGAUGGUCAAGAAAGAAAUCAAUGGAAUGGUUUCAAACAACAGGGUACUUAG